AUGACUCAACACGAUAUUGAUCUUUAUUAUAGAACAAUACUUGAUGGCAUAGGUACAGCUGGCAAACUUGUACGCGAAGGUUUUACAGCAACAAAACAAGUUACAACCAAAGAAGGUGCAGCUGAUCUUCUAACAGAAUAUGAUCAACGUGUAGAAGAGAUCUUAAUAAAUCGAUUACGGGAAAGCUUUCCUACACAUAAAUUUAUUGGAGAAGAAUCUACUGCAUUGGGAAUUAAAUCAUCAUUUACUGAUGAUCCAACAUGGAUUAUUGAUCCAAUCGAUGGAACAACGAAUUUCGUUCAUGGAUUUCCGUUUAUCGCUAUUUCGGUAGCUCUUGCAAUUAGUAAACAAGUUGUUCUUGGUAUUGUUUAUAAUCCAAUAACGGAUCAGCUUUAUUCAGCUAUUCGUGGCAGAGGAGCAUUUAGAAAUGGUCAAAUUAUUAAAUGUUCCGGACAAAAAAAUCUUUCUCUAUCUCAAAUAUUGGGUGAAUAUGGUCCAAAUCGUGAUCCUGCUAUCCUUGACACCAAAUGCAAAAUUUUAGAAACUAUCAUAGGGAAAGUUCAUAGUAUUCGAGCUAUGGGUAGUGCAGCUUUGAAUUUAUGUUUAGUAGCUGAAGGUAGCUGUGAUGCUUAUUUCGAAUAUGGUGUACAUAUUUGGGAUUAUGCUGCUGGUGAUUUAAUAGCUCGAGAAGCUGGUGCUUAUACUUGUGAUCCGUCAGGUGCUCCAUUAAACCUCAUUGAUCGUCGUGUUUUAUGCGCCGCUACAAAAGAACUUGCUGAACAGAUUUCUCCUCUACUGAUUCAAAUUGAUUAUCCUCACGAUUAA